AUCUGUAAUUAUUAAUUUGAAAGUUGCAACUUUACAAGUGAAUGAUGAAUGGUGUGUCAUGAUGUGAUUUGUGUUUCGAACAAUUUCUGCAAAUUAGAUUUCAAAACAGCUCUUUUAAAAUUCAUUAACGUAUUGUUGGAUUUAUUAAACCACUAUCAAAGGUAUACAUUUGUUUUUGUUUAGAGGAUUUUAAUAUGAAAAUGGUACCCAUGACUGGCUUAAUUUUGAAUGAACACGAAGGCGAAGUUCAUGAUGCUGAACUGGAUUAUUAUGGUCAACGUUUAGCUACAUGCUCUAGUGAUAAAACAAUCAAAAUAUACAGUAUAAACAAUGGUAAUAAAACAUUAUUGGCUAACAUUAAGGGUCAUCAUGGACCUGUGUGGCAAAUUUGUUGGUCCCAUCCAGUGUCUGGUCAUUUAUUAGCCUCAUGUUCUUACGACAAACGUGUUGUUGUAUGGAAAGAAUCAAAUGAUUGGUUUAAUAUAUUUGAAUUUACUCAUGAAUCCUCAGUUAAUGCUGUUGCUUGGGCACCCCACCAACAUGGCACAAUUUUAGCAAGUGCUAGCUCAGAUGGGUCUGUUGGAGUACAUGUGUUCAAUAAAGAAUGGUCUUCUAAAUCAUUUAGUGCCCACCAUAAUGGAUGUAAUACUGUAGCUUGGGCUCCAUACAAAGAAUUAUUAUUCGGAUCUGAUCAAACAGACUUUGGAAAGAAGUUAGUAUUAGCAAGUGGUGGCUGCGAUAAUUUAGUGAAAAUAUGGACUGUUGAAAAUGAUCAAUGGAUACAAGUUGGUGAAAUAAAUUGUCACACGGAUUGGGUUCGAGAUGUGGCUUGGACAUGUACUAUUGGUGAUAAUCGGCAAUUAAUUGCUAGUUGUUCCGAAGAUAAAACUGUCGUAGUGUCACAUAGUGACGAUUAUUCCAAAUGGUCUUCUGUAGUAAUGCAUUUGUUUGAUAGUCGUGUUUGGACUGUAAGCUGGUCAAAAAUUGGGAAUGUACUUGCAGUAUCUGCUGAAACUAAUAAAGUAUCAUUAUGGAAAGAGAAAACAAUUGGUCAUUGGGUUAGUUGCAGUGAAAUUGAUGAUAAUAAAGGAGUGGAGGAUUAAGUAUUUAUUUUACUAUUUUUACUUUUACAUGUUUUAAAUUAUUUUGUAAUAAAAGUUUUGUAAAAAAAAUCUUCUGAGUGGGAAUUAAAUAAUCGAAAAUUAAGUAUUGUUUUUUGACAUAAAAAAAUAUUAUAAUAAAUGUAAUUGUAAUUAUGGAA